AUGUCUAUUCCACCAGAAUUAAUAAUAAAUGAAAAAUUAAAAUUAGAUUAUUCUGAUGAUAGCCAUCCAUCUGAAAUGUCUUCAACAGAAGGCAAUUCUAAUUGUCUUACAUCAUCUAGCAGUGAAAAUUAUCUUAAUGAUCAUAGAACAAUUUUUCUUUGUGGUUACGUUCAAGGUAGAUGGCAUAAUGAAUCUUUAAAUAAUAUAACUAAUGAUUUAUCUUCUGAUUUUUUUGUAUGUACAAAUAAGACAAAAGAAAAUUUUAGUUUUACAUUAGCAAGAGAUAUGUUAAAAAAUAGUAAAACAUUUAUAUUUCUUUUAAAUGAAUAUACUUUAAAUGAUUUAGCAUGUCUUUUAUGUUUACAAUAUGCUUAUGAAAUUCAUUUACCUAUUGUUGUAUUAAGACCUCCAAAAACACAAUUAAUAAUUUUAAAUAAAAAAAAUGUUGAAAAUCCAGGAAAAGAGGAUAAUGGUGAUGAUGAAGAAAAUAUAAGAAAUCGGAUUAGUAAUUUAAAGUUAGAUCAUCAAUUAGAUAUUAAAAUUAUUUCAAAAAUUUUAUUUGAAGGAUAUGAAAAAUCUAUUUCAUAUGAUAAACUUGAACAUGAAAGAAGUAUGAUUAAAAUUAAAAAACAACUUAAAAUGAGUAUACCAAUUACAGCAAGGAGAAUGUCAACAAGAAAAGUAGGUGUUAUUGAUAUACCACAUCAAAUUACAUUAAUAAGGCAUUACAAAAAAAAUAAAAAUUUUUAUAGUAUUAAUAAUAUAUGUGGUAAAAUGGAUCGUCAGGGAAGAACAAACAUUGAUGAAAGUGAUAUGUUAAUACCAAUUAAAAGAAAUCCCUCAAAAUGUAGAGUUACAGAAAAAGUUAAAAAAAGAAAAUCAAACAUAAAAGGAUCAUCAUCAUUAAUAAAUUUACCAAUGAAAUGUAAUGAAAAUAAAAAUGAUAAUCAAGAAGUUAAAAAUAAUAUUUAUAAAUCUGCCAAAAAAAAUACUUCAUCUUCAAAUAUUAGUACUACUAGAUCUUCGGAUUUAACAUUUAGUGAUAGAGCUACUUUUAAAAACACACGAUACUUGGUAUUUAAUGGAAAAGAUUCAUCAAAAAAACCUUAUCUUAUCAAUUUUCCUAAUGAUUUAAUUACCCAGGAUGGUGAAGUUAUUGAAUCAGAGAUAUACAAUCAAUUAAAAGCUAAUUCAAAUAUUUAUGGAAAUGAUGAUAGUGAUUUUGAUGCUGAUAGAGAUUUCGAUGAAAAUGAAGAUAAAAUAAGAGCUGAAAUAGCUAUGAAAGUUAAAGGUACAUUAAAUGAUGAUGAUUUAUAUAAUUAUGAAGAUGAUUUAGAGUUUUAA